UUACAUCUCGACGGACCAAAAGCGUGUAAUUUGCAGCAACAGUUGGGCAAUUUGGAAAUGGAUGUUUUGAGUCAGGUGUUUCGGGCAGAGUUCCAACUGAAGCAGCUUUGCUUCUCCACAGUUGUUUAUGACAGAGUAUUUUUCUCUCAUUGGCGAAUGCCCCCAGUGUUGGUCAUUAUAUACAAAGUGCUUCUGACUGUGUAUGUGGACUUCUGGCUAAUAUAUACUGCUAUCCGUUACGAGGACAUUGAUGUCAGUGGUGGAUCUGGGACAUUCAUCCCUUGGCCCGCUUGGCUGACAAACUGGACAUACACACUGCUCGCUUUACACCUCACCAUGUCCACUGUGGCCAUUGUGGUGUAUCACGUGGUCAGAUUCUCAUACAACCAUUCAUGGUUGUGCACACGGGCAGGGAGUGAACAUUGGAGCAUUAUGCAUGAAGGGAUAAAUCAAAGGGAGAUAACUGGGGAUUCCUACAGUACAGAUGGCACACAAGGCCCUGUUAUAGUUCGCACACGUUGUGCGCCCUGGUAUGUGGUGGUUCUCUGGAUUCUCUUUGACAUGGCCACUGCAGCUGUCCCGAUGGUCACACUGAUGUUUUUCAUUUUCCUAUGGCCUCAAAUGACACAUUCAGGUGGAAUAGAUAAUGACAAUUUGCAGCUCCAUGGGCUGAACUCUGUUUGUUUGAUCAUAGACUUUUUCCUAAGUCCAGUGCCUGUUCGAUUGUUGCAUGUGAUAUAUCCUUUUAUUUAUGGUCUUGCAUACCUUUUGUUCAGUGCCAUAUACUGGAGUGGGGACCACAACCGCGUACUAUACCCUGGAGUUCUAGACUGGAACGCACCAGGGAAAACCAUUGGAAUGGUGUUUCUUGUGCUCGCUGUCCUGUGCAUUUUGCAGCUGAUAUUUUUUGCUUUACACAAGCUGAAGAUGUAUAUUUAUUAUACAUUGUACAGCCUUGAUUUUUAUGAGAGUAUUGGUGAUUAGAGAUGUGUCCAGAUGUGAUCUUUCAAGUGUUUUUCAUGACAUAUGCUCAAAAGUUACUUACUGGUAUAGAAAAUAGAAUUUGUGAUACAUAUAUAUUUACAAUGUAAAGCAAUUUUUAACUGAUGAAAAUAUUAGUCCAUUUCUGUUCCCCUCUAUUCUCAUUUAUUUGUUCUCUUUUUCGUUACCUUUCACCCUUUUAUAACCAUAUGUAACCAGUUGAUCAGACGUCAUUUUUCAGAUUCGUUUUUAUAUAAAAGCUUAUAAGGUUAUUUCCAUUGGUUAUUGGCUCACAGUAAUAACAAUGAUAUUGUGGAAAUCUUAAUCAAUGAUCCAGAAAAUCAAAAAUACAUUAAUACAUGCUAACCUGUUUUUAAAAAUGUGGUACGUUCAUCAAUAAUCAUAUUGGAUAUACAGAAAAAUAAAAGUUUGUGAAUUUUUGAUCUUGUCUAACUGCACUUUGCAUUAUGUAGCAAGGCCUGUGGGCCCAUAUUCAGUAUGUCCAUCAGUGAUAACAGGUCUUAUGAUAGCAUGAUGCUGUCCAUCGGUCUGCUAGUCUGUCAUUACUGGUGUGUACAUAUGUUGACAUUAUCAUUUGCCUCUCUUCACUUCGAGGUAUUAGAUUUCUUUAUUUCUUGUCUCCACCUACAGAAACCCACCAAAGACUUUAAUAUGUUAUGUUAAUACUAUUGUGAUAUUUUCAUGUCAAGAAUGUGUAUGAAGAACUGCUUCACUUUUUAAAUGGGACCAAUCAACCUGUAAGCCAAUCUGACAUGAUAGCAUGGUAAGAUUAUUGAAGGGAGAAUUUGUUCCUUUUGUCACUAAGGCGACACCAAUUGUUUUUUUUUUGGUGUUUUUUGAAUGCUUAAAAAUCAAAAAAAUGGAAUGAAAAUGAAAAUCUACCAGUUGGUUUGGUUUGGUGUUUUUAUGAUUUUCCUGUUUUUAAGGCUUUCUGACAGUGUAAAUAUAUCUUGAACAGGAAAAUUUAGUCUACAUUUCCCUCAAAUAAGAUGAGCUUUAUUUUUAUUUUAUAUUCUCUGAUGACCUGGAACAAAUUUACUUUGCUCAUAAAACAACAGUUUAAAUUGAUUUUGCCAGUAACCAUUUAGACUAUGUAUUUGUGUAUAUAUAUGUAUAUGUAUGCAAAUAUAUUUAGAAAGUCUAGAUUGUAGCGAAAGAGACGUUUCUAGUAGGGUUAGAUACCGUAGAACUAAUUUUGUGUGUCUCCACGCUCUUAGUAUUGAGCAAUACCUACCACAAAUAGUUAAUGCUAUCUUGGAGAUCAAGGCAUCAGUGGUCAAAAUAGUCAGUCAGGCUCUCUUUUUUAAGAGCUUUAAAAUGACCUCAAAUUGAACAUAGGUCAUCGUAAGUAUGGCAUAAUUCUACACACAUAAAAUAUUGAAUGUUGUAUUUUAUCUGCUUCCACGUUGUUUCACAAUGAUAUAAAUGGAAUGUAAUUCAUUCCACACCUUUGAAUCAUAUUGAGUGAGCUCAGUUUUUGUAGAGGUUGUCAGUCUGAAGGACAUUUUGACCUCAGGAUAUACAUGCUGUAUGUGUCGUUUGUAAAAUCCUGUUGUUGUUUUUUCAGCUCAUCUCAGAGCAACCAUCUUUUUUUCUGUUGUGGUUGAGUACAUUUAUUUUUGUACUAUUGAUUUUACACUUUUUCUCAAUUAUUGGCGAAAUUAUUACGAAUGAUCAUAUUUGUUAUAAUGGUUUUGUUCACUGCAAAGAAUUGUUGUAUCGCCUGGGCUCUGCCGAGUUUCCACCCUCUGCAACGCUGGCCUCCGUCGUGUAAGUGAAAUAUUCUUGAGUAUGAUGUAGAAAAUUAAUCAGUUUAAUGAAUUAAUUAGAAUUGUUUACAUUGUGAACUUCAAAACUAUAAUUAAUGUUACUCUGAUGUUCAUUUUGGUGCCUGUACACAUACAUUGAAUAUCACCCCCAUAUUAUUGCACAUCAAAUAAAAAACAGAGUAUUGAUUAGCUUAUCUAUUAAGAAUGUAACAUAUUUGUGUUUUUUUGAAGAGCAGUACUACUAGCAAAUAGUAGUUUUACCACUCUGUAACAAUGAUUUUUUGCUGGCAGUUUGAAAGUAAGGCAGGUUUUUGUUGAGAAAGAUAAGUAAAUGUGACAUUGCACAAUCAGUGUUCAAAAAAAUUUUUUUUGUUUGUUUUGUUUAGCUCAGCUUUCAAAUUUCAUAGGGCAGUUGGUAUAUUGAAUACUUUGAUAAGAGUCUGUUGUUUUGUAGGCUCAACAAAGCUGUUUGCUUCACACGUGUGUGAGUUGAGCAGUUAUUUUCAUGCAUGUUUGCCAAUAAUUUGAAAGGUUGAAGCAACUCAUAAGGUUAUGCCUUAGUGCAUUAUGAGAAAGAGAUCCUCUUUGCUGUACUUUUAAAAUUAUGAAAUUCUGUUUGAGAACAAUUUUAUCACUCAGUUCUCCGAAUUUAAUACUGAGGUGACUGAUGUUUUAUUUAACUCAGAGUCUACACAAAUUACGGUAUUAUAAGUUAAAUGGGGCCUCCAGAAGCUCAGAUGGUUAAAGAUCGUGACAACUGUCUGACCAUUGACCAAUGAGGUCUGAGGCUGAAAUCCAUCUCUUGCUACUUCAGAUGUGGCUUUACGUCAGGUGGUUUGUGAGGAAUCUAAUGAAGGUCAUUAGGUUUCUCUGGCCACCCAUGUUUCCUCCACCCAUAAACUUUACCCGGCAUGUAAGUUUAAAUUCUUGAAUAUGGCUUUAAACACCAAUCAAAUAAAUAAAUAAAU